CUACACCACAAAUAGACUGGAAUGACGUUCUGACCUGGAUUGGGAGGUGAUAGUUUUUAUAAAGACCAUGAUUCUCUUCCCUUGGUGCCAAAAUGCUUCCCACGUACCUAGUCUUAGUCCAGAAACAAGAUGUGGUGGUUUAUUGCAGUAGCCUGUCUAAUACAAGCUGUUACAAGCUCAGAAGAACUCAUCAAGAAGAAAAGAAACAUGAAUCCCGAAACGUUUAUGAAUAUUAGUCAGUUGAUCCGCUAUGAAGGAUAUCCCAGUGAGGAGUAUGAAGUUCUGACAGAGGAUGGCUAUUACUUGAGAAUAAACAGAAUUCCUUAUGGCAGAGAAAAACCUACAGACAAAGGUCCAAAGCCAGCCGUGCUUGUCCAGCAUGGAUUGUUUGGUCAAGGUAGCAACUGGAUUGAAAAUUUGGCCAACAACAGUCUGGGCUUCAUGCUAGCAGAUGCUGGCUAUGAUGUUUGGAUAGGAAAUACCAGAGGAACAACAUGGUCUCAAAGACACCAGAAAUUUUCAGUUGCCCAAGAGGAAUUUUGGGAUUUCAGUUUUCAUGAAAUGGGCAAAUAUGACCUUCAAGCUAUGAUAAACUUUAUUCUGCAGGAAACUGGACAGAAGCAACUGUAUUAUGUUGGCUACUCUCAGGGCGGCAGUAUGGGAUUCAUAGCAUUUUCUUCCAGGCCACAGCUGGCACAGAAAGUCAAAAUGUUUUUUGCCUUGGCUCCUGCUGUCACCGUUGGACACAUCAAAAGCCCGGUAGUGAAAAUGUUGUUAAUGCCUGAAGGAGCAUUACGGGAUCUUCUUGGCAAAAAAGAGUUCUGCUGGUGGGGUAAGAAUAUGAGGGAGUUUGCUGCCAAAAUAUGCUGCUAUGACUUACCUAAUAGACUUUGUGCCAAUGCAUUUUUCUUUGCGGGUGGAUUCAAUGAGAAAAACAUAAAUAUGAGUCGACUGGAUGUGUACACAGGCCACUUCCCAGAUGAAACAUCUAUUAAAAACAUACUGCACUGGGCCCAGGCAGUUAAAUCAGGAGAAUUCAAAUAUUUUGACUAUGGCAGUGAGAACCAGGCUAAGUACAACCAGUCUGUCCCUCCCUUCUAUAAGAUAGAAGAUAUGACUGUGCCCACUGCAGUAUGGUCCGGUGGAGAGGACUGGAUAGUAGACCCAAAGGAUAUUGAUAUGUUACUCCCUCGCAUUACUAACCUAGUUUACCACAAGAAUAUUUCUGACUGGAACCACUGGGAUUUCACCUGGGGUCUUGAUGCAGCCAAGCGUGUGUACAGUGAAAUUAUUGCACUGAUGGGAAAGUAUCCAUAAAACCACAUAGCAUUGUUCGAGAAUUAGUUAAUUUAGAUUUGAAAUCUACUUUCUGUAUGUAUGCCAAUAGGCUGCUUUUCCAGUUGCUAUUUUUUUGAGUCAAUCAUGGAGCUUGUAAAUGGAAAGGGGGGUUACUGUGAAAGGAUUUAAUAUUUACUUUAUUUCUCUUUUGGUCAUGGUACCAAUUUUUCUCUAUCUUCCUGGUGAAAUACAGCAACCAGGAUUCUGUUACUUAGAAAACUGAAUUAUAUUUGUCAAAGGAAACACUUCUGAAACCAAAACUAAAAUCCUAUAAUGAACAUUACAGCCGUGAGCCAGAAUAUGUGUGCAUGCCUUAAAUCUUUCAGCACAGUCCAUCAUUAGAUGUUAAACUAAUGAGGACAUUUCUCUGGUCCAGUUAAAAUACUAGAGAGCUUUCCUAUGUUACAUAUUAAAAAUAAAUGUUUCUAAUUUGGUAAUCAAUAAUGCAGCCUUUCAUAUAUAGUUAAGACAGUCUGUUAGUUUUACUUUGACCAUUUAUUUUGUAUAGAUACACAUGAAUAUAUAUACAAUAAUAAUAAGACAGCAAAAGCAUGACAGGAAAAAUACACACAUCAAAGGAUGUCCUUGAAUUGAAAGGCUUGUAAAAAAAAGAUAAAGAGAAUCACACUAGGAAGAGAUGAAUGGGGAAAAAAAUCAGUGUCUGGAAUCUAAAACAUUUGUGUACAAUUAGAAAUAUAACUUUAUGCCCUUUUCUCAUGUAAUUUAUAUUUUUACUUCCAAAAAUUGCUCCCACACCUCCCAACAUUUUGCCAGGUCACAAAGCUCUCAGUCUAUCAGCUCCACAUAACCAGCUAUUUCUCCUUUACACUGAAAUCAGUCUUCUGAUAGUGGUCAAUAUGGAUUCCAUCAUCCAUAUGGUGAUAACCUUGUUACAGAGAUUGUGAGAGGUUCUUAAUUUCAGUAAGGGCAUUAAAUGGAUUAACUGAGGUACUGCUCUUCCCCCAACUAGUUCCAUUAUUUGUGGCAUUUGAUUCCAGGUAAGAUAUUUUCACUUGCAUAUCCACACAAUAUCCCCAAUAUCAGAAUGAUCGUCUUCAGAAAAGCCACCUUUUAGCAAUCUGCUUGGAAUCUAAGCUGGACCUUAGAGUCCCACUGCACCCAAUGAUGAACCAGCAGCCUCCUCACCAAGUUUCAUAUCCUCCUCUCCCAGAUGUCCUAGAAUGUGGGGGCAGAUCUCUGUUAUCCCUUGAGCUCAACUCCAGGGGAUGAUUCAUUCCAUUCCCAUGGCUUUGAUUGCAAGACAGUGCAAUUGUAAUAAGCUAUGUGUCCUUGCCCCUCCCACCCUGUGUUA